AUGUCUGAUAUGAUGAGUUGGCAAGCCCAGGCUUGUUUCUUUCCUAUCCUCGAUGCUUUCCUCGAUCCAUCCCCAACAGAAAGAUGUUGGCAAACAGUAGAAGUUCCUAGCUACAGCAUCGAACAUUUGGAUCGAUUCUGUGCUGAACAUGAAGUGUCUCCGUUGACAUUCUUCAAGCUUGCGUGGGCGCUCGUGCUUCAAUGUUACGCAGGAAGUAACUCUCCGUCUUUUGGUCACUUGACUCUGCCGCCGUCUGAAGUGGGUGCAGAUUCAGCAUUACCUUGUGGUCUUGUUUACACUCGAGAUUGCCAUGUCGAACUUGAGGAGGCGGGUAGAGUGAUUGAAGUUCUACGAGCUAUUCAAUCAAAAUCAUCAGAGGAAAAUGACGCUUCUCAUUUGUUGCCUUCGUCUGGCAACAAGAGUGCGAAUACGGUCUUAUAUGAUACUGCUUUGCAAUUUCAAGAAGUGGAUAGUGCAGGGAGCUUUAAUUUUAUUCCAAGGAGUAGCGGUGUUCAAAAUGUGCCAGAUAAUCAUAUUCAGAUACUACUAGAUAUAAGAUACGAAAGUAGUAAUUCCGAAGUCCAUGCAUAUCUACAGCACCUCCCGACAAAAUUGUCCACCAUCGCCGCAACAAAUGUAGCCCACACAUGCGCCAAAGCCAUCGAAAAUAUCCUGAAUGAUCCUUUCCAACGCAUAGAUAGCCUCAAUCUCAUCACCAAGCGAGACUUACAACAGUUGCGAGGAUGGGAAGCCGAUUUUCCAGAGAGGAUAGAUGUAUGCGUACAUGAUCUUGUGCUGCGACACGCAAUAUCAACGCCGAAUGCCCCCGCGAUAUGCUCCUGGGAUGGACAAUUAACUUACCAUGAAUUGGAAAAAGUAACGUCCAUGUUGGCGUGUCAUCUUCUUGAUCAUGGGGUUGGGCCGGAAAUACUCGUGCCGAUUUGUUUCGAAAAGUCCUUGUAUGCAAUAUUGACUAUGCUUGCAAUUUUAAGAGUGGGCGGAGCAUUCGUCCCUUUAGAUCCGUCUCAACCCCAAGAGCGACUAGAGGCUAUCAUCAGAAAGGCGAAUGCAGGAUUGAUCAUUACAUCGCCGCAAACUGCACCGAAGUUCAGCGACAUGAUGAAACAAACUAUCAUCGUCUCGGAUGCUCUCCUUACGUCCCUCCAUGCAUCUCUUCAGGAUCGUCCAUCGAUCAAGGUUAAGCCAUAUAAUGCAGCCUUUGUUCUGUUUACUUCUGGCAGCACUGGUGAGCCCAAAGGAAUUGUUCAGGAACAUAGCUCCGUGUCCACAAGUUCGCUCGCCCAUGGUAAAGCCUUUGGAUGGAGUUCCAGAUCUCGCGUCCUUCAAUAUGCUGCAUAUACCUUCGACGUAAGUAUGAUGGAUAUCUUCACUACACUUAUUUACGGGGGAUGCGUAUGUACUCCAUCUGAAGAUGACCGUCGAAGCAAUAUUAUCGGUAUCAUGAAUACGAUGCAGGUUAACUGGGUGCUCUUCACUCCAUCUGUCGCGAAUUUGAUCUCGCCUGAAGAGGUGCCAUGUCUUGAGAUUUUGACACUAGGCGGAGAAGCCGUCACGCAGGAGAAUUUGGUUCGAUGGGCUAAUGCUGUAACCCUCUAUAACUGUUACGGACCUGCAGAAUCCUCUCCCACAACGGCCAAUUUACUAGGACCUAAUUCCAGAGGUUCAACCAUUGGGCGAGAAUUCGGAUCGGCCCUGUGCUGGCUGGUAGAUCCAAAAAACCACGACCGCCUCGUUCCGAUCGGUGCAGUCGGAGAGUUACUCGUCGAAGGACCAACACUUGCUCGCGGCUACAUCGGAGAUAUGGAUAAAACCAAAGCAGCAUUUAUCAAGAACCCAAGAUGGCCGGCUGAAAUCUUAGGAACGAGAACACGACGCUUCUACAAGACGGGCGAUCUCGUACGGUAUAAUUCAGACGGAUCUCUGGAUUUCGUGGGGAGAAAAGAUUUCCAAGUGAAAAUUCGAGGCCAGCGCGUUGAACUUGGAGAUGUGGAAUACCAUCUCUCGACUUACCCCGGUGUUGCGCUAUCCAUGGCUUCAAGCCCCGAGACAGGAGCUUUCGCAAAAUCUCUCGUGGCAAUAGUCCAAAUCCGCGAUACAAAUUCGGAGCCUGCUUCGGCGACAAAUAUCCUCUCCUUGGUCAGCAAUCAUCAACUAGCAACCUCCGGCUUCAGUAUUGCCAAGCUUGAACAGUUCUUGAAGACCAAACUGCCGAUAUACAUGGUACCGACUCAUUGGUUUGCAGUAGAACGGAUUCCGCUUUCUGUUUCUGGGAAGAUUAAUCGCAAGGCUGUGGAAUUCUGGCUUACGCAGUUAAGUCGGGAUUCAGCAAAUUCGAUUCUAACAAAUGGCCUUUCGAACGGCUCUACCAAUGGUGCCAUCAACGGAGCCACCAAUGGGACAACCAAUGGCCAUACGAAUGGCCAAAAUGGCACUACACUAUCCAAAGAGAACAUAAUAAGUUUCAAAAUAUCCAGCAAACUCGCCUCUCUCGUGUACCACAAUGAUCACCAAGCCAAAUCCAAGCUGAUCGGCCAAGACAUCACCUUGACAGCAAUCGGUCUUGAUUCCAUACAAAUAAUCAGUCUGAUAAUGUUCAUUAAGCAAGAAUUUACCGUCAAGCUCCACAUCAGCGUACUACUGCAUCCAAAAGCAACGAUCCGAAGCGUGACACAGUAUAUCGAGGAGCUGAGAGCUGUAGGAAUAAGCCAAAGUGGCGCUGAGAGAUCUGUGGAUCUUAGAAUGGAACUCCAGAUGUACAGACAGCAGAUGGAUAAGUGGGGACGAGGUCCUUCCAUUCAGAAUGUAUUUUUGACGGGUGGCACCGGAUUUCUCGGAUCUCAGAUUUUGUUUCAACUCUGCGCAAGAAGAGAUAUCCAAAAGGUCAUGGUACAUGUGCGAGCAAAGAAUAUCAAGGAUGGUCUGCAGCGAGUAAGGAAGAGGGCAAUGCAAGCAGGAUGGUGGACAGAUUCGUAUCACGAAAAAAUCGAAGUGUGGCUCGGAGAUCUCGGAAAACAUCGUCUCGGGCUGAACCCUGAUCAAUGGGAUUGCUUAGCUGGAAAGUCACUCUUUUCUCGACGGGUACAUGCCAUUAUUCACUGUGGAGCAAAAGUACAUUGGAAUAGCGAUUUCUCAUCCCUGAAAAUGGAAAAUGUCGAUUCGACUUGGAGUCUCUUGAAUAUCAUGAAUGAAACACCUUCCGUGGUGAAAUUUGUGUAUAUAUCAGGUGGCUAUAAUGGUCCAUCGCUAGCAGAGCAGAAUCUCCACAUGGACGAUGAUCAUAUCAAUAAUGUUCUUCCUACUGAAUACGCUAAAACGAAAUUUAUCUCACAACUUCUCGUGCAAGAGUACUCGCAAACUAGUAUUCAGAAUCACAACCGGGUAUUCGUGGUAAAGCCUAGCUUUAUUAUUGGUACACCCCACCAGGGUAUUGCUAAUACCGAUGACUUUAUCUGGAGACUUGUAGCGAGUUGCAUAGAGAUUGGAAGUUUUAAUGAGGCAGACGCUGAUUCCUGGCUCUUCAUCUCUGAUGUCGACAAUGUAGCCAGAGUUGUGUUGGAUUGCUGUGACGCCAAACAGAAUGAUUCGUCGGACCCCGUUGUUGGAAUCACUGAGGGUCUUCCCGUGCGUGAAUUUUGGUCUAUCUUGGGGAGAGAUUUCGGUUACAUUAUUGAGCCAUUGAGGCAGGAUGAAUGGUUGGAUACUAUCUAUGCUGAUAUUGACUCUAAGCAUGAGAGCCAUCCUCUAUGGCCACUAAUCCAUAACCUUGAGAAGGAACAUGGGAAAAUGGGCAUGCCUAUGGAUGAAAUACCACAAGAACUGAAAGCCGGUACUCCUUCGUCAAGAGUAGAAGCUGCCAUUCGUAAGAAUGUCGAGUACUUGCGUGGGAUUGGCUUUCUACCAAUAGCAAAAUGA